AUGUGCAUCAUGUCGACCUACCUCGCCAACGACUUGUUUUGGCCCGACUUUGUCGUGAGUGGGAUGCAAAAUGCGAUCAUCGACUUCUUCAACAGCCGCCUCGCCCUCAACGUUACGUCGCUCGAGCUCCUCAACCCGGCCUUUGCUCUGCCCACACUCUAUGACAACUCGGCCAUGCCGCUCAGCAUUUACGAGGCGUACCCACGCCUGGUGCUCUACGCCGAGCUCCAGGCGAUGGAGAAAGCGAUUGCGAGUCUUCGGGAGCUCCUUGCGACCGAGGUGACGCACAUGAUCACGCAGUACUGCUGGGUCGACUUGCAGCAGCGCUGGGAACUCGGCCACUCCCGCAAGCGUCAAGCACGGUGCGUGGCCAACGACAAGGCGAAUGCAGCCGUGUACCUCGAAGCCGUCCUUCGCAACAUUGACUUUGGCUCGUGGGUCCCGAUCUACAAGGGUUUUUUCAACAAUUUGAUUGUGAGCGCGCUCGUCCGAUCGCCGGGCGGCUACCCGUGGGUGCAGUACAUGCUGUCCCACGCGUGGGUGCCGAUACCAGACGAAGUGGUCUUUUGGAAAUCCCAUCAGCUCACGUACUUUGAGCUGCAGUGGAGCACGAUCCGUCAAACCGGUUUAACCGAAACGAUUGGCAUUGAGAAUGCGCUGGGGAUGACGACGCGCGUGACGAUCAAGCGCAUUACGCCCGUGGACCGCUACGCGCUCUGGACAACGCACUCGAUGUACGCGUCGUUCGAGAACGACAUGGGCAACUUUUACUUUGGUCCCAACCAAAGUCUGGUUCUGAACAGCCCUCUCUGGUUUGGGUACACGCUGCCAAAUGCCAUUGAAAUGUACAACCUCCCGUACCCACUCAACCACGCCAACACGGCGCUGCACGACCAGCUCGGCGAGCUCGGCUCGGUCGACCUCAAGCUCAUGCCGCCUCCUCCCGCACUCACGACCGCUGUCGAAGCCUUCGUCGCGCAGUUGACGCUCCAGACGACCACGAGUGCGUCAUUGGCGGCGGCCGUGGCGAGCAUUGGUGUCGUGGAUCUGCGCCCGACGCCGGUCCAGUGGCAGAAUCCCAACUUUAUGUUUUAUGGCGGGAGCCCCAUGUGCGCCGACGGGGAGCCAUAUGACUUUAUCCAAAGGUCCUUUGGCUUUGACGACACGUGCGCGGGCCAGCUGCCGUUCACCGUGCAGUGGGCGGCCCCGAGCUCUCUCUUUGCGUUGGCCCAGCUCUCGCCAAAUGACCUCGCAGUGGCCACGGCGUCUCUGUGUAGCAGUCUAGCGCUACCUGCUACCGACGCCAGCAUCUGCACGACAUCCCUCGCGGCAUCCCUUCAGGCGUUUCGCCAGCUCCAACUCGCAUCGCCAUCGUCUGCGCUGGCCGCCAGCGUCACCGCCCUCAACCUCUCGACGAUGCAGUUUGUGCGUGCAUCGGCGACGGCCAACACCUCGGUGAUGACGCAACCACUUCUGGACGUGACGAGCCCGGCGUGGACUCUUCUGGGGUGGAUGAGUCUCUUUGAGUGGGCACUUGGCCAGCGCGAAGCGGUUGCGUUUGAAGGAGACGUUCAGACACUCCGGCUUCUCUCGUACAAGUAUACGCCGGCGAAGCAGCUCGCGAAUACGCUCGACGUCAGCGGCAGCCUCGCCAACUACAUGUGGGGCCUCGCGUGGUACGUGAGCGCCGGCCUUUGCAUGGUGUUGAGCUGCGUCACGCUCGCUCUGGUGCUGACGCGGCACCACGCGGGCCUCAACUGGUUCAUGUUCAACCGCAUCGCCAGCACUGUCUGGAUCGGCCGGCCGAUUCUGCUGGUCCGAUCCGCCACCGCCAUUGUCUGCCUCGCCACGGUACCCAUCUACUUGGAGCCGCAAGGCAACGCGUCGACUCGGUUUGUCGACUCGACGCGGCCGUUCCUCGAGUCGACUGUCCUCGCCGGCGAGACGCUCUGGCUGUCCUACGUCCUCAACGAGGUGCUCGUGCAUCUCUCUGGCUCCAAUACGCGGCGCGUGGCCAUCGUCACGAGCGCAGCAACCUUUCUCAUCGUCGCGGUGCUGGACCUUGCAAGUCCACCGACGCUUGGGUCGUCGAUUGGCCGCGAAUGCCACUACUUUCACAUGGACAUUGGUGUCCUCUGCUCGAGUGGUUCGAUCCAGAUCGGGUACUUUAGCCGUGUUUUGACGAUUGUCUGCAUCCACGGGGCCAUGGUGCUACUUGGCAUUGGUCUUGCCAAGCUGCUAAAAGAGCCGUCGACGCAUCAUGGCCACGGGUUUCCGACCGUACUCUUGCACGGCGCGGCGACCACCUUUUUCCACGACCAUGGCAACGUGUCUGGCUACUACACGAUCGACAAUAUCAGCGCCAUCAUGUGUGGCCUCCUGCCGUUCAAGUGGGCGGGGCGCUUGUACAUUUUUGAGCUCACUCUCUGGCGCGUGCUCAGCGACGAGACGCUUGGCUAUCGCCACACGUCCGAGGCAUUAUUGCUGCCACACUCGUCGGCGCCCGCGUACCUUGAAACCAAAGCCGUUGCGGCCAAGACAGCGUCCAGUGACGCCAACGCGGUUCUGGUACUGGCCAAGCGCGAUGCGUGGUCGCGAUUUGUAAAGAAAUACCUCCGCGUGGGCUUCCUCGUCGGUGGGUUUCUCUACAUUCUGAGCUCACUCUUCAGCAACAUUGCGUACAUGACGGUGACGGUCACGCAGAGCCUUGCGAAUGACUUUUACUGGCCCAACUUUAACAGCUCGGGCGGCCAUACGUUUCUCGCCAACCUCUUCAACACGCAGCUGCUCCUCCGCAAUGCGCGCAACCUCUCGCUGAAUGCGCCUUUCCUUGGCGACGUCCGCCAGUUGUACAAUACAACGGUGACCACGACUCGGUUCCCCGAGACGAUGGGCCGGCGACAGCUCUAUGCGCCCGAGAACGCGCUCGUACAUGCGGUGCGGGACCUCCGCACCAUGCAGUCGUGCAAUGCGCCGUGGAUGUUUACGCAGUACUGCUGGCUCGACCUCGAGAAGCAGUGGCCGAUCGCGAGCUCGUCCUUGCGCCAAGCGCGCUGCGACUCGCACGCAUCGAACGGCGCCGUGUACCUUGAAACCGUGCUCCGGAAUCUGCAGAGCUACGACGAGUGGCGUCGCUGCUGGGGCGACUCGUACGACAUUGCGAUUGUUCGAACGCUCCAGCAAUCGGACGCUGGAAACGAGUGGCUACGCAGCAUACAGGGGCCGCAACUAAGCCUUCUCGACGAGGUGGCGCGCUGGAAGGCACGUGGUAUCACCCGCUACACGCUGCAAUGGCAAAGCUUCAAGACGCUCGGCCUCCGCGACGCCUUUACCAUUCGAAACGCGCUCAGUCUCGAGUACGAGCUCACGCUGGCCGACAUGGAAGGCAAGACGCACGUUGAGCAGCAGACGUCGCUCAAGAUGUACUGGACGUUUGCGUCCGACCUCUGGGCCGUCUCGACGAACGGCAGUCGCAUUGGUGGCAAGAGCUUGAUUGGAGGGAGCGCCAACUACGCCUUUGCCAACACAUCGAGCGAAGCCUUGCUGAUGCACAACUUGACGCUGCCGUCGCCGCUCUCGAGCGGCUUUGCGUCGCUGCGCUCGGUGCUUGGACCGUUUGGGAACGUCGACAUGACGUACGUACCCGUGCCCGCGUCGUUGUUGCAGUGGUACCAAGCCACGCAAGACGCGCUCACAACGCUCCUCGUGACGGAUCCGGUGGCGCAAGCCGCCUUUCUGGCGAUUCCUCAAAAGCAGUACAUCGGCCAGUUCCCCAAAGCGUUUGCGCAGUCAGGCAUUGCGUUCGAAGGCGGGAAUGUCUUGUGCGGCAACGACCAAGCCUCGGCGCCCAUCAACUUUUGGAGCAUCGUCGCGUCGCCCAUCUUCCGCGCGUUCAGCACCUCGAACGCCUGUUACCGGCUCGUGUUUGAGUUUUUCCAGCCGGACGAGUUCCUCCUCCUCUUUGCCCUCUCUGGGUUUGGCGCGUCGCGCGGCCUGGGACGGGACACACUCGCCUCGAUCUGUCACUACGACUACUCACCGGGUGACAACUGCGGGGGCAUCUACAACGACUCGGUCGCGUUCCUCACAACCUUCAUUUCGCAAGAGUUCACCUCGACGUAUGCACUCCUUAGCUCGCUCUCGACAUGGUUUAUCAUGAUUGUCUGGACCGCGAUCGAGCCCUGUGUGCACGUGGCCUACACGGACCGGCGCUGUGUGGCGAUUGACAUGGAUGUUGGCUUGCGCUGCCACAGCGCGUUUGUAGAAGUCGGCUUUGUCAACCGGAUCAGCAUCUCGGUGCUCAUUUGCAUCCUCGCGAUCAUUUCGUGCUUUCUGUUUGAAAAACAUGUGCUCAAGCGCGGCUUGUCGAUCGACGUCCCGUCACUCUUGCUCUCUGCGCCGGCAAAGUACAUGCUCGUGCUGGACGACUGGUCGCACAAAGGAGUGCUCUUUGUGGACAAACCGUCGGCGCUCAUGGCCGGUAUCAUCUCGAUCGAGCACGCUGGUGGUAUUUACCUCUUUGAUAUCAAGAAAUGGCGCAUGUAUGUGCUCCACCGCGCGCCACACGACGCGGAGACGCCCAGCCGCUUCUUCCACGCGAUCCCGAUGCUCGAAUAG